AGAUUAAUGCAGACCUAGCAGAUUUAAUUAGAAUACUCACAGAUAACGAGGAAAGUAAAAUGAAUGAAGUUAUUGAAGAAUUACUUAAAGAAGAUGAGCAGGAUGAAUUUCAGCUUGAUUGA